AUGGGGCGCAGAAAGAUUGAGAUCAAGGCCAUCAAGGAUGACCGGAACCGCUCAGUGACCUUCCUCAAGCGCAAGGGCGGCUUGUUCAAAAAGGCACACGAGCUCUCCGUUCUGUGUUCGGUCGACGUCGCCGUCUUCAUUUUCGGGAACAACAAGAAGCUCUACGAAUACUCCUCCACAGACAUGAACGAGCUCAUCCGGAGAUAUACAGUGCACGGUGGCGUCAACGAGCACAAGGGGCCGUCUGACUUUAACGGUGGCAACGACGAGGAAGAGGACGAGGAGGGUGAUGUCACGCCCCCGCGCGGCCCUGAAGCGGUCGACCCUCAGAUGAUGCCUCCCCAGUUCCACGGCCAGCAGCCUCCGUUCUCCCAGAUCCUCCGUCACCACACGCCGUCGGCGUCUCCGCCCAUCCCCAACGGCGUUCCGUUCCAGGGCCACCACCCGCACCCGCACCAUCCUCGUGGCCCGACGCCGCAGCCGCAGAUGGGUUCUCGUCCCAACUCGCGAAACGACGGACGGCGGAUGGCCCCCAGCAUGGUUCCUCAACCUCCGCACGUCGGCCCGCAGCCGCAUGGGCCGCAUCCCGGCAUCACCUACAUGCCUGCUCCUCCCAUCUACGCGGGAGGGAACCAGCAGGGCAUGAUGCCGCAGCCUGGCAACCAGUAUCCCUAUCCGCCUCAGCAGCAGCAGCAUCAGCACCAGCAGCAAGCCUACGUGGACGACCGGCGAUCGAUGCCCCCCGGUUACGCGGCGCAGCCCCCUCAGCCGGUGCCCGUCGCCCGCUCGGAGCCGCCGCAGCCACAGCACUCACAACACGUGCCCCAUCCGCCGAUGCCUCACAUCUCGCCGCCGCCGCAGCCUACCCAGGAGCGCCGACCCCAGGAGCCUCAGCCGCCGCCGCCCGUCGAACCCAACACGGAGCGUUCUGACCGGCUACAGGUGCGGACGACCGUGGACACGGCUAUCAAGAAGCUGCCCCAGCGCAAGUCCCACAGCAUCUUCACGCCCAUCGAGGAGAACCGCUCGAUCCUGUCUCAGCACCUGGCCUCCUUUGCCUCCGAGCCACAGGCCAUCAAGAUGGAGCAUUCCAUCAAGUCGGAGGCCGGGUCUGGGCUGUCGACAAACAGAUCACAGUCGGUGGAGGCCUCUGGACUGCGAAGUGGGCUGACGUCGUCGCCGCCUCCGAAGCGGGAGGGCACGCAAAGCAGCCUGGACAGGACACGGAAUGCGUCGGUGUCGUCGAGCGCAGAGGACGCCUUCACGCCUCCUUCCAGGGCGAACAGCCUCAAAGUCAGCGGUGCGGUCGGCGGCACGAGACCUAGAGGCCCACGACUCACCGUGCAGAUUCCGGAUGGCGCGUCCGACCCCGGCAGCGCCACGGCAGAGUCCAACUCGCCGCACAACCCGGCCAUUACACCGACGCAGGCGCCGCAGCGUCAGAACUCGCACUCUUCAGUCGUCUUGCCUCCGCCUUCGCCGUCGGCUUCAGCUCUACUAUCAGCGGGCGCUACCGGACCGCCAAAUCCGUUUGCUCGCCCGCCGCCGCAGCAGAGCGUUAACGGCGAAACGCCCGUCUCGGCACUGCCGUCGCGUUUCCUCAACAACGAACUUCUCCCAAGCCCUAGCAGCUUCUAUCCGGACUGGAACUUUCGCGGCAGCGACAGCAACACCUUGCCGAGCCCGUUGAACUUUGCGACGCCAGUGGUGGGCUCGGGCCCGAGCUUCCUGAGGGACGACCACGGAGCCUCCAGCAAUGGCCACGCAGCGUCAACCUCGGCGGCGGCGACGAGCACCACGGCGACCAGCGGGCCCCCCGGUCCAGGGAAGCGCAAGUCACCCGACUACGGGGCCGGUGCCCACGGCGAGAGCCACGGCGUGCCGAACGAACCCAAGAGGGUCAAGGUCGAAUACUGA